AGGUGGUGCGUUUGUGUCAGAACCCAAAGCUGGCGCUGAAGAACAGCCCACCCUAUAUCCUAGAUCUGCUCCCCGAUACUUACCAGCAUUUGAGAACCAUCCUGUCACGCUAUGAGGGGAAGAUGGAGACCCUGGGAGAAAACGAGUAUUUCCGCGUAUUCAUGGAGAACUUGAUGAAGAAAACCAAGCAGACCAUCAGCCUUUUGGAAAGAGCGGAUGUAUGAGGAGAACUCUCAGCCUAGGCGUAACCUGACAAAGUUAUCCCUCAUAUUCAGCCAUAUGCUGGCAGAACUCAAAGGUAUUUUCCCAAGUGGCCUAUUCCAGGGUGACACGUUCCGGAUCACCAAGGCAGAUGCUGCAGAAUUUUGGAGAAAGGCUUUUGGUGAAAAGACUAUUGUUCCUUGGAAAAGCUUCCGUCAGGCCUUGCAUGAAGUGCAUCCCAUCAGUUCAGGGCUGGAAGCCAUGGCCCUGAAAUCAACAAUUGACUUGACGUGCAAUGACUACAUUUCAGUAUUUGAAUUUGAUAUCUUCACACGACUUUUUCAGCCAUGGUCCUCUUUGCUCAGGAACUGGAAUAGCCUAGCAGUGACUCAUCCUGGUUAUAUGGCAUUCCUAACAUAUGAUGAGGUGAAAGCCCGGCUUCAGAAAUUCAUUCACAAACCUGGCAGUUAUAUUUUCCGAUUGAGUUGUACCCGGCUCGGUCAGUGGGCCAUUGGCUACGUCACUGCAGAUGGGAACAUUCUUCAGACAAUCCCACACAACAAACCUCUUUUUCAAGCACUGAUUGAUGGCUUCAGGGAAGGCUUUUACUUAUUUCCUGAUGGCCGGAAUCAGAAUCCUGACUUGACUGGCUUGUGUGAGCCCACACCUCAGGACCACAUUAAAGUUACACAGGAACAAUAUGAAUUGUAUUGCGAGAUGGGCUCCACGUUUCAACUGUGUAAAAUAUGUGCUGAAAAUGACAAGGAUGUGAAGAUUGAACCAUGUGGCCAUCUGAUGUGCACGUCCUGUCUCACUGCGUGGCAGGAAUCAGAAGGCCAGGGUUGUCCUUUUUGCCGCUGUGAAAUCAAAGGCACGGAGCCAAUUGUAGUAGAUCCAUUCGACCCCAGAGGAGGAGGAGGAUUAUCACGGCAAGGGGCAGAAGGAACUCCCUCACCCAAUUACGACGAAGAUGAUGACGACAGAGCUGAUGAUUCCCUCUUCAUGAUGAAAGAGCUUGCUGGUACCAAAGUUGAGCGUCCUCCUUCUCCGUUCUCAGUGGCUCCACAGGCCACCCUUCCUCCUGUGCCGCCACGACUGGAUCUUUUGCAGCAGCGAGUGUCCAGUCCACCUGGGGCUUCCAGUCCUGGGACCACUUCAAAGGCUGCACCUGGUACUCUUCACAAGGAUAAACCUCUGCCAAUCCCACCCACGCUCAGAGAUCUCCCGCCGCCACCGCCUCCAGACAGGCCACAUUCCAUUGGGACUGAAGGUCGACCUCAGAGACGUCCCCUACCCUGCACACCAGGAGACUGUCCUUCGAGAGACAAACCACCCCCUGUACCCUCCAACCGUCAAGCAGAUCUGUGGCCAGCCAGGCCAAUUCCAAAAGCCCCAUCUGUAGCUCUCAGCCCUGGUGACCCUUGGGCUGGGAGAGAACUGUCAAAUAGGCAUUCACUUCCCUUUUCCUUGCCCUCUCAGAUGGACUCCAGGCCUGACAGCCAUCGACUUGGGAGCACACUUAGCCUGGACAACCCAGUGAGCUUGAACAGUGGUCCACCAACAACCUCAGAGUGUGAGCACCCCAAAAUUAAGCCCUCCUCAUCUGCCAAUGCGAUCUACUCCUUAGCUGCCAGACCACUGCCUGUACCAAAACUGCCUCCUGGGGAACAGUCUGAAAGCGAUGAAGACACUGAAUACAUGUCACCAUCCUCUCUGCCUGUGGUGCCUCCAGGUUCUGCUGUACAAAAACCAGAGAUCAAAAUGCCUUUGGAAAUGACUCAAAGUUUACGAGCUCUAGACUGCGACCAGCAGACGGAUGGCUGUACCUAUGAAGCAAUGUACAACAUUCAUUCCCAAGCAGCAUCCUCUGCUUUCGAGACUGUCAACACUUCUGAUGAAGGGGAUCUGGCAGCAGCCACUGCCAGCAACGGCCCUGAAGAGUCAGAAAAUGAAGAAGAUGGCUAUGAUAUCCCCAAGCCACCGCUCCCAGUUGCUAUUGCUCGCCGCACACUGUCUGAUAUCUCCAAUGCCACACCCGCCUUCAGCCGAAUGUCUUUGGAAAAUGACCCUGUAACAGGUUUCUCAGAUGGCUCUCAAGUUCCAGAAAGGCCACCGAAGCCGCUACCACGGAGAAUAAAUUCUGAGCGGAAAGCGGGGAGCUGCCAAACAGGAGGAGCCAGCAGUGGGACCAGUGUGUCAUUGCAGCUCUCCAGUGAGAUUGAGAAUCUAAUGAGCCAAGGCUACUCAUAUCAGGACAUUCAGAAGGCACUGGUCAUUGCACAUAACAAUAUUGAAAUGGCCAAGAAUAUUCUCCGGGAGUUUGUUUCCAUUUCCUCCCCCGCGCACGUGGCCACAUAGCACAUUACCUCCACGCCUGCAGCUUCUGUGGACCAACUGCCUGGGCAGCUGUAGCCCAGCUACACACCAAAGGGGAAGGGGGUUCCUUUAGAGACUUCGUGCUGAGGUCAGUCCUCCCUCUUAAAGAGAAUCAGUUAUCAGGUUUUUGUGGUUCCAGAUUUCAAAGCAGUGGAAUGAAAUGGAGCAGAAUAGUGUUUUAUACAGUGUAUGUCUUGGAGUCCUUUACCCCUACCUCUUGUUUGAGAGAACAGAUUUAUUUCCAGGGUGUUGGUAGAGACAGGUAUCACAACAAGGGAUCCCCGAGCUGAUGCCCUGGAGGCUGGGGGGGAGUGUUUUGUGCUGUGAAUUCUUAAGUGAAUGCUCUGAGAAACAAAGUCUCGAGGUCUGUGGUAUGUCCUGUGGUUCAUGGUACUAGGUUUGGAUCUGUUCGCUGCUGUGUGUCUGGCUCAGGCUUUUUGGAGCAGCUGGGAGGUCACUUUCUGCUGGGAAUAAAUAGGAGACCUUGGAAGAAUCUUUGGAUUGCUUCCUGUUUGCCAUGGCGUUUCCCUCUUGCCUGCAAUAACAGC